ACAGAACAUAACCUUAGAGUAAGUUAUGUGAGAAUAGUAAUCAAUCAACAACGUAAAUAUUUACUUUUUAAGAGGAUAAAAUGGCUGAAAAAAAGGCAAAUUGUUUGGAUAUUAAUGGACCUAAUUUUAAUCCGAAUAUGUAUUUAGAAAAAAUAUUCAAAGAAUACACUUUAAAACAAAUAUUGGAUCACGAAAGUGAAGUUGUUAAAGAUACACAAACACUACACUCUGAUAUGCAGACACUGGUUUACGAAAAUUACAAUAAGUUUAUAUCAGCAACAGAUACUAUCAAGAAAAUGAAAUAUGAUUUCAAAAAAAUGGAAACUGAAAUGAAUUUAUUAGCUUCAAAUAUGGCCUCUAUUACAUCGUUUUCUGGUCAAAUAAAUAAUACUUUACAAGACACACGUCAAAAAAUUAGCAAAUUAUCUGGUGUACAUGCCUUGUUACAAAAAUUGCAGUUUCUUUUUAAGUUACCAAAUACGCUUAAAGCUCGAAUGGAAGAAAGGAACUAUAUCUUAGCAACUCAAGACUAUCUUCAUGCACAGAGAGUCCUGCAACAAUAUGGUGAUAUGCCUUCAUUCCAGGGAAUUAAAGGUGAUUGUGAAUUAAUUGUGAAUGAGUUGAAAAUAGAAUUAAGGAAACAGUUUUCAAAUCCAAAUGCUUCAGCUAAAGAACUAACAGAAGCAGUUGAUUUGUUAUUAAAAUUAGAUGAACCAGCAAAAGAACUAUGUAUGGAAUUCUUGUCAUGUGCUGAAAAACGUCUUGCCGAACAGUUAGUUAUGUUGAAAGAUCAAAGUGAACAACGUGAUAUCAUAGAGUUUGUUGACCUUGGUUGUUCAGGAUUUUUGAGUGAUUUAUGUUUGAUUGUUGCUUCUUUUCAUGAUAUGUUCAUAAAUAGAGUACAUACUGAGAGUAUUGAAAAUAGUGAUAUUUUUGAAAAUUUUGCUGCUGUUGAAUUGGAUAGUUUUGUGCAAGAUAAUAUGAAAAAGUAUUUUGAGUUAGUCCAGAAUAAAGUAGAUUCUGAACAAGAUGUCGGCGAUACUAGCAUAUUAGUACAAGCUCUUGAUAGAUUUUAUAAAAGAAUAGAAAGCAACACCCUUUGUAAAGACAUAGACUUUGCUAAAGUUGCAGCAGAUAUUGUUAUUAAUGCUGCUAGAAAGCAAUGUAAAUCUCAUCUGCAAAUUCUAAAAAUGCAUUUUGCCGACACCUUAACAAAAAUUAGACAAACAUUAAGUACCCCUAAAUUAAUCAAUCAAGAAGAAUCAACUAAAAAUUUAAAUGAACUACUUAAUUCUUUGGUUGUCACAAUUGUUGAAAAAGUAAAAGGAGUAUUACAAGAUUUAGUCGUGUUCCUUGAACCAACUGUAAAUUUUGCAAACAAACCACAAUUUAAAGAUAGUUUUUGUAUAGAUAAUGUAAGAGAAGGUUUAAUUGUAUGCUUUCUUCAUCACUUAACAGCUACUGCAAGGAGUUUUUGUGCUAAAGGAGCAUCAGAUCCAAAAAUGCCACCUACAUUGUUACUAGUGUUAUCUAAAUUUUGUAUAGAUUUUCAAAAUGGGCAUGUGCAUUUUAUAUUAUCUCAAACUGACGAAUUGUUUAAUAUAAAUUCAAAAGAUAAUCUUUCUCUUACAAAUGAAACUGAAAUAAAUAAUGCAAUGCAAGAAUCAGCACAAGAAUUGUUGAAUUAUUAUGUAAGAAUUCAAGGACUUAACUGUUCUCAGAUGCUUAGAAAGAGUGUAGAAACUAGGGAUUGGUUACAUACUAUUGAACCAAGAACAGUUAGAGCAGUUAUGAAGAGAGUAGUAGAAGAUAUAGCAGUGAUAGACUCAACAGUAUCUCAAUUGUAUGAAGACCAAGGAAAUAAUGGUACAGAACAUAGCAGUGAUUCUAGUCGUAAAGCCCAUAGCAUAUCUCUUCCCAGACAUCAGUAUCGUUCUAAUUGGUCAAAUUACACUCCAAAUCCUUUAGAUUCUGCCUUAGUCUCCAACAUGCAUAGACUAUUUAGUGAAAGAAUAGAUAUAUUUUCAUCUGUACAAUUCAAUAAGAUUUCAAUUUUAACCGGAAUUAUAAAAAUCAGUUUGAAAACAUUUAUGGAAUGUGUUCGUCUCAAAACAUUUAGCAAAUAUGGAUUACAACAAAUUCAAGUGGAUACCCACUAUUUGCAGUUGUAUCUUUGGAGGUUUGUGGCUGACGAGAAUCUAGUCCACUUCUUAUUAGACGAAAUAUUAGGUUCCGCUGCACACAGGUGUCUGGAACCAGUUUUAAUGGAACCAAGUGUUGUUGACAUUAUUUGUGAAAGGGGACAAAAUUAAGUACGUUUUUUUAUUGAAAUAGCAAAUGAUUUUAACAUACAUAAAUGUAUUUAAUCUAUAGUUAUAAACAUAAAUUGUAAUAUUGUAUUCAAUAUAAAUGUUAUUUAUUCAAUAAUCUUUACUCGCGCAAAAGUAUCCACAGUUAUCAGUUUCAGCAACAAUUGAUGCUGAUUUUUAAUGCUGACACCCAAAUUGUAAUUCAUUUUUUGAAAGCGGGACCUAGGGCAAGUAAUAAACCUUCAAACUAUCAGACAAUUAUAUAAGAAAUGUGUUACUUGUUCCCUUGUUUUUUUAUCAAUAUAAUUUGGUUCGACUUUAGUCAUUUUUGAAAACUUAUGACUGUAAUUACUAACUAACUAUGUAUGUUACAGAAAUAUUUUUAAAGACUAAAAUUUGACUAACAUUGUUCCAAGGUUAAGGUUGCUUUUUAUUUUAGGAUAUGAACUCUUAUACUGAUCUUGACAAUUCUUUGAUCCUUUGUAAGUUUUCGUUUGGAUCAGCUCUGUUUGUUUCAAUUGUUUGCUUUCAUUUAAUUUUUCAACAGGAAAAUUAAUAAAAAUGAACAGAAAAGUGAUUGAAGCGAAAAUAUACAAAAUCCAAGGAAAUUUGUAUUAAGAAAUUAUAAAAGAAAUAGAGGAAAUAUUAAUAUGAGACCAGUUAGAAGAUCAUUAUUUAGUUCUCUAAUAAAAGACAAUGAGAUGAAAGUAUCUAAUUAUUUAUGUAGAAAAGACAAAACAAUAUAAAUAUCCAACUUGGAAUGGAAGAAAAGAGAAAAGAUGCAGAGAACAUGAAAGAAAUUGUAGUAUAAUAAUAGAGAUACCAAAUGAAACAAGGAAACUUAGAACGAUCAAAAGUGUGAAGAAUCGAAAGAAAAGAUAAAUUCAAUGCAUUAGAUUACAAACCAAAGAGUAGAUGUUUUAAAAGAUAAUACUAAUAAUAUAUUUUGUUAAAGACUUAAAGAAAAGUCGAAACGUCAAAAUUUAUUUUUCUUUUAAAAAUUAUCAAAAACAAAACUAAUUUUGAAACAGAAGAGACCUAAAAUCAAGAACAUUAUAUAUAUUAAGCAUCGUGUAUUAGAUUCCGUGUCAAGAAUUUUUGAAUCUUUAUAAUUGAAUUUGUUUUUUUUAUAUAUUUCAUGAUUCGUUAAUGCAGUUCUAUUUUUUUAUCGUAUUGAUGACCUCUUAGUCUAUUUUUUAAAUACUGAGAUGUUUGCCCUAUGUAGACAGCGUCACAAUUAGUACAAAGCACUUGAUAAAUAAUAUUACUUCUUUUGUUUUUUUGGAUGAA